GUGUCUGACUGUGUGCGCGCGCCUCUUUAGCGCCUUUGGCCUCUGUAUACCGUCUGGAUGGUCAGCUAUGUACUUGAACUUGUAUGCAGGUGUUGGGGCGGGUAAUCUUUUCUCUAUUAACAGUUAAACUGUGUAGGUUCACAGGGUGUACAUGGGUUGGGUUGAAAUAAACGCAGAAUACCUGCGGGGCUAAGGCUCUUCCUGGAAGCUUGUUCUGAUCAGCAUCUGCAAACUGUCAAAAACUGGCUUGGCAUUUUAAGAGAGUUAAAUCGCAUUGUUAGUCCUUGUUUUGUAUUAUGGGUACAGACGGGCAUCGACACACCAAGGCAGGGCAUACUGAGGCUCGGAUCUGAUUGUGCCUAACGAACCCCAAGCUGAGAACCGUACUUGUACACCAUCCAGUCGCGCACGCGCUGCUAUCCUGGCUGUCAAGAGGCUUCUGCCGGCUGAGUUAACUGUUAGUUGAGGCGCUAGGGUUUGCUUACUCGAGCACUUAAAAAGCACGAAUUACUGCAAUUUAACACUGAGACUGUUCCAUAUCUGGAGUUCACGGGGACGAAAGCGUUUCAGGAGGAUAUUAGGUGAAAUGCUGCACAGGACACACGGGAAAUAUCGGGUAGAGCGACAGUGUGGCUGGGCGCAGAUCACGUAACUCGAUGUUUCUGUGUAGGUAGAACUGUCAAAGGACUUUCUUAGAUGACACCCCGGGCGUGAGCGGAUGAGGCGGGGUUCCCGUUUAGGGUGACUGACACGCCGAAGGGGACCACUUCAAAAUUUUAAACCAUCACUAAAAGCCUGUCGUAGUGCAAAAUAUUUUCGAAAGCGCUGUGCUUUUCAUCAAUUAGUAAAAUGAAGAUCUCAGCUAAUCGCCACCGUAAAUAAAUGCUAAAGACGUACCACCCUAAUUAGUUCAAAUAGAUCACUUUAUUUAUCUUCAUAUUCUCUCGUGCCCCCUUUUAAUUAGGAACUGCUGAUCAUUAGCAGGGGUGACAUUAAGAAACGAUGGAAGACAGAAGGUAGAUACUCAUAAUUCAAAAAACUUAGGGUGAUGAAUAAAGAAGCAGCGACGGAAGGACAUAUGUGGGGCUCGCUGGAAUUAUUUGGAAGAUCAGUUAAGCAGACAUCAACUCCAGCUCUGCAGGACAACGCCCUCCUGAAGCCGAACCCGAGUCGGAGUUUAAAACUUUGGUCGAUUAAUUCAUAUUUGAACACUGUUUACGAACAUGCUGCAGAGGGUUGAGGACAAUGCUGGAUGCGAUGGAGGUACCGAGUCAUGCUCGACAUUUGCUCAUGCAGCUCAACACGCAACGGACCAAAGGCUUCCUCUGUGAUGUUAUCAUUGUGGUACAGAAUGCUCUUUUCCGGGCACACAAGAAUAUCCUAGCUGCCAGCAGCAUUUACCUGAAAUCCCUGGUAGUUCAUGACAAUCUAAUCAACCUGGAUCACGAGAUGGUAAGCCCAGGGAUCUUCCGGAUUAUCCUGGAUUAUAUUUAUACUGGACGGCUAAGCGAUGGGGAUCAAGUGACUGAGCAAAACCUGAGUGCGGUCUUGGCAGCAGCAAGUUACCUGCAGCUCCUGGACCUGGUGGCCCUGUGCAAAAAGAAGUUGAAGCGCAAUGGGAAGUACUGUCACAUUCGCUCAGGAUACUCGGGCUAUCCUAAAAUUUCAAGAGGAAGUGGGGCAUUUCGUGCCUCUACUCCUGUGAUCCAGUCAUGCUUUUCAGGAGUGGCAGGGAACAAUCUCCCUAGGACACCCCUUGAAAUAGCACCCAUGGACUCUGUGCUUACACAUCCCCUAGCCACUCACACAGGAGAGCUAUUUGCCCCCUCCUCUCAGGUUAGUCAAAUAUACCACCAGACAGUGGGUACGCGGCUUUCUGAGAGAGAUUGUUCCCCACUUUACGGCUUAGACUUAUCCAAAAAAUGUCAUGGCUCUCAAAGCCAGGUUUCUUCCCAACAUCCAGGCACCCACCCCCAUGAAGACGCUGCUUCACUUAUGAACAGGGCUGAGCAGGCCCAGUUAGGUCCUGGCCGUGAAACCCCACCUGCUUCUUUGCUGGUGAACAAUGGCAGCCCCUACUCCAGCAAAGAGCCCACCCCAAACUUCCACAGCAAGAUGGACAUUGAUGAGCACACUGUACCACUGUCUCAGAUGGCUGCCUCUCUUCACCCUCCCUCCUCAUCAUUAAGCCCAGAGCAGCACAGUCAUAAUCAAGACCAAUUUCCUUGUGUGCCAAGCCCAGACUCAGACCUUCAAGUACAGUCUGACCUGGGACGGGAUGUCGAGGAUAGAGGAAGUGUAGGCGUUUACCGAUGGAUGAAGCAUGAGUCAGGAGCGGGUUACCCUGAAGACGAUGAGGACUGUGAGCAUGAAAAGGAUCCUGGCCGGAGAGAAGAUAAAAAAUUGGAUGAUUCACUACCUCCUCCACAUGCAAUGGAAGGUGGCCGGCGGGGAUACUCGGCAUCUUUAGUCUGUGAUGUGGAAGAUGACAAGAGUGGCAGUAGUGAGGAAAGUGCCAGCAGUGAUGGCCCUUCCCCACCUGGUAACAUUGAUCGAUUCCAUCUUUCCUAUGACCCUGAAUCUUUUGGGGACAACUUGUAUGUGUGCAUCCCCUGUGGGAAAGGGUUCCCCAGCUCUGAACAACUCAAUGCUCAUGUUGAGGCUCAUACAGAAGAAGAACUCUAUAGCAAAGACUCAGGAGGAGAGAUGGGAGGCACCAAUAACAGCGGUGGCAAUUCCUACCUGGAUAAGUCCAGUCCAAGUCUGGUGGGGGAAAUCAUCCGGCCGUACCGCUGCUCCUCCUGUGAGAAGUCCUACAAGGAUCCUGCCACCCUGAGGCAGCACGAGAAAACCCACUGGCUAACCCGGCCAUACCCUUGCAGCAUCUGUGGGAAGAAGUUCACGCAGCGUGGCACCAUGACGCGACACAUGCGCAGUCACCUGGGGCUUAAGCCCUUUGCCUGUGAUGCAUGUGGUAUGCGCUUCACUCGGCAGUAUCGGUUGACGGAACAUAUGCGUAUCCAUUCGGGGGAGAAGCCCUAUGAGUGCCAGGUCUGUGGGGGCAAGUUUGCCCAGCAGCGCAAUCUCAUCAGCCAUAUGAAAAUGCAUACAGUAGGAGGGGGUGCAGGUCCUGAUGGCAAGAUUAAGAUGGAUUUCAUGGAAGGCAUCUACCCACUGAGCAAGUAUGCAGCUGAGCACUUGGGGUUGAAGCAGGAGAAGAUGGCAGCUUCCGAAAUUCUGGCGCAGGCUUCACAGCACUUUCUUGGUGACCCAAAAGCAAUUGAGAGCCUAUAUCCACUCAGCAAGUUUGCAGUAGAGCAUCUGGGAAUCAGCCAUGAGAAGGUGGCCUCUGAGGUCCUAAGUCAGGCUCCCCACCUGGCUGGUGAGUCACGAGUCAUCGAUAGGUUCUCACCAAGCUAAGGUGGGAAAUGUUGAGGAUGGACUCGAAAUAGACUGUCCUUCUUUGGAAGAGACUCCAACUGUGAGCCACCCAAACAAAAUAUGAACAGCAGCUUUUUCUUUUGAAUGUUUUGAGAAAGCAAACCAAAGAACAAUUCAUUUAGGCUUAAUUUACAUUAUACAGUGUUUUAUAUGUUUCUACUUUUGUUAAAAGGAUCAUAAUACAGUAUUUUUAUAUCUCGACUGUUACUGAGCUAUACAGCCAAGUAUGUUUUUUUUU